AUGUCGGCCUCGAUUCGCUCCCUCAGACUGGCGCAGCGGGCACCGCAGAUCCUCUCCCGCGGUACUGCCGCAACCCGCAUCACGCCACUAGCACACCGACAAACCCGUCUCCUCAACACCGAAACCGCACCAGUUCUCUACUCCGCCCACGCCAAAGUCGUCGGCGCACGAACGGGCCACGUCCAGGGCGACGACCUCGUCGUCGACCUGACCAUGGCCAAAGCCCUCGGCGGCGCCGGCGACAAGGGCAAAACCAACCCGGAAGAGCUCUUCGCCGCGGGCUACGGCGCCUGCUUCCAGAGCGCGAUGAACGCUUCGGCGGCGAGCUUGGGGGUGACGAUGCCCAAGAAGCCCGAGGACAGCGUCGUGGAUGCGACUGUGCAUCUGGUGGGCGAUAUGAAGAAGCUUGAUAUGGGACUCAGGGUGAAUUUGAAGGUUCGGGUUAAGGGUCUGAGCGACGAGGAGGUGCACAAGGUUGUGGAGAGGGCGGAGGAGGUUUGUCCGUAUAGUCGGGCUACGAGGGGUAACGUCGCUACGACGAUUGAGGUUGUUGGGUUUGAGGAUGGGGGAAAUGCUAGUGGUGAGGCCAAGGGAGGGAAGAAGGGUGAUGGCAAGGCGGGCGAGAAGAAGAAGGGCGGUUCGGACAAGAUGUCUGGUGUUGAGCCCAAGGGACACAGCGAUUAUCAGUGA